AUGAGGCAUGGUCAGUGUUUAUUGUUUCUAUCAAUUAUUAGUUACGCUUCCGGAUACGUUGUGCAGUUCGAAGUGCCCGUCAAAUUUGCUGACUCAAAUUUGACCGUCAGAUUGCUGUCGCUUGAUCUGACGACCGUUGAGAGCUUUGUUUUCGACUAUCGAUCCUUCAAUAAGUCAAGACUCAACGCCUUUGACCCUUCCGCAUCCAAGAAGUUCAAAAACAAAGGCGAAUUUAAGGGGCUUUAUUCCCCACCGUACAACAAAGAGUUCGUCUCAACUUCAGGAAUUUUGGGAAAGGAUAAAAUUGAAUAUCACGGGCAUGUUUUCAAAGGAGAAUUUGGAGUAGUUGACCGGGACAAUAAUAAUUACAUCCAUAAAGGAAUUGAUGGUAAAGAACGAGCAGGAAGGCUUGGAUUUUCACGUGGCGAUGAAACUUGGGCUGACUUGAGAGAGAAGUUCUUGAAGGGGAAUGAGAAUAAAAGUCUCUGCUUGGUAGUCAGGGAAUAUCGAAGGUAAGCUCGUAUAUCAGUGUUAUAAAACAAGUAGAGAGCAAUUGAAAUUUAUUGAUUACUGCAAAAAAAAUUAACAGGGGGGGGGGGAGUACUCCAAGUGCGACGCUCAGAUUUUCUUUAAAUUUUGCGCACACGUCGGGAAUGGACUAAAUAUAAAUUCCUGAAAGUUUUAGCUCGCGCUUUGCGGGCGCCGCCGAGAUAUCGAACGCUUUUUUGCCGCCGAGAGAGCACGCUAAAUGUGGAGAGCGGUCAGGGGGAAAAACGCUUUUUGGCUAUAACUUUGGCGGUUUCGUGCGGAAAAUUUUGAUUUUUUGUAGAAACAUUAUCCUUUAUGGUAAAAAUAGGCAUGAAACUUUUCGUGCCGAAAUUCCGCAAAAAGUGCUAAAUUUUGGCCGACUUUCGAUCUAAAAAUCUAGGUUGUUUCUGCAAAGCGCGAGCUAGGAUUCUCGCAUGUAUCUUAGAAAAAAAUAUUCUAAAUUUGUGCCAAGUUUUAUAAAAAUCUGAGCGUCGCACUUGGAGUACUUCCCCUGUAAAUUGGAAAAUAAUUUUAGGCAUUUUAUUUUUUGGUGCGGGAUUGUAAUUUCUGCGCUUUCUGCACAGUGCAAAGAAAACCAUUUUUGCACAGUGCAAAGCCAAAAAUAGGCUUGUUUUAUUCCUGCACAGUGCAAUGAGGUCAAGUUCUUAGACUGUCCAAAAGAUCAGAGCCAAAUUUAUAAAGCGUUUUUUCAUUACAUAAAGCCUGCAGUUUUAACGUAAAUUUUUUUUCUUUUACCCGUCUAACCCACCCUAACUCAACUCCAAAAAUUUCCAGCGCAGUCGAAGCUACCGUCUCAAUUGGCGACCCAAUUUACAAACCAGACGAAAUUGUCUCUUACUUCAACGCUUCUUUCAACAACAAUGGUCAUUGGCGAGUGCCACUGACUUCCAUACAAAUCGGUGAUUAUGAAAUUGAAGUCGACACACCUGGAAUUCUAAGCACAUCAACUGAUGAGAUUGGAUUUCCAAAGCGUAUAUUCAAUUCGGUUAUUGCGGAAUUAAGAGCGGUUUAUUACUCGUCUUUGAAGGCAUACAUUGUGAGCUGUGCAAAUCGGCAACCGCUGAGAAUCGGGGUUAAUUCAACCGAAAUUACGAUCGAUCCCUCAUCGUACAUGAAGAGGGUUGGCCUACAAUGCGCGUUGAGAUUGAGCCCGGUGGAUCAGAGUAUCUUUAUUCUCGGUGGCCCGUUUUACAAUAGACGUGGAGUCUGUAUGGACUUUGAGGAUUAUACUAUUACGUUGUUCAGGCCUGUUCAACGGAUUUAUGACGGAUCUCAGCAAGCCAAAGAGAUGGUUGAUGAUGGUAGGAGAUACAUGUAUACCCAACGGUUAAGAAUUGAUGAAACCUUUGAAUAAAAAAUAGACAAACUGAAGAUAUUUAUAUAGCAUUCUAAAACAGCUCUGUUUGAGCAGAGAGAUAUACAAAAAUUUUGUUUUUUCUCUAGCCGCUCUCUGCUUAUCGCAUGUGCCCCUCUUUGUAAAGAUUGUUGAAUGCCCCGGCAGCGCCGCCAGACCGCAGGCUGAAGUUUUCAGGUGUCUACACCUGAUCUUGACCCUAAUCAACUAUCAUUCUGGGGGUUCGCCCUCCAAAAGCCGAUAA